AUGGCGACGGGCGGCGGCGGAGCCGGGCCGGGGCCCGCUCCCGCUCCCGGGGCCGCUCCCGGGGCCGCUGCCAGCGGAGCCGGCGGCCGGCGGGGCCCGGGGCUGAUUUGGGCUGAAAAGAAGAGGCUGAACAAAGGGACAGAUGUGGUGGAGAAAAGAGGUCCAUACAUCAUGAGCAAACCUCCCUCCAUUCAGGCCAAGCUGAAGAGGCAGCGGGAGCUGGCAAAGGCAGCGCUGCGAAGGCAGGGGCUGCUGGGGGCACCCACUGCCCUGAAACCAACUCCUAAAAGGUCUGUGAAGUUCAACAAGGGCUACACGGCGCUCUGCCAGACAGCUGAUGAAAACCUGGUCUCCCUUGACUCAGACAGUGACGGGGAGCCAGGAUCCAGGUGUUCCUCGGGAUACUCCUCUGCUGAGCAGGUGACCCAGGACCUGAGCCGGCAGCUGCUGCAGGACGGGUACCACCUCGACGAGGUCCCCGAUGAUGAAGACCUGGAUCUCAUCCCCCCAAAACCUGCUGCCUCCUCUUCUUGCCCCUGUUGUUUCGGAGAAAACCUCUCCUGUGUGAUCCAGUAGCUGCACAAGAACAGGUGACAAUCCAGCACUUUCUUUGUCCCGUGGGAUGGCUGGUGCGUGUCCGGGUCCCACGCCAGGACGGUCACACAAGGACUCAACGAUGCUGCUCAUGGCAGAGACCAAGUGACUCCAAAAGACUUCUCCUUACACUCAGCAAUAUCAGGGGGAGGUGGCACAGUGACAAUUUGGUGGCCUGCAUGGGACCUGGCACUUGGCUGGGGUGGGAAGGGAGGACAGGCAGGGCCUGGCACCUCCACAGGGGUAUAAAGGGAAGGAUUUGGGAGUUUCUGGGGUUGGAGCUAAUGGCUUAUUCCCAUUCUCCUCAAUGCUGCUUUGAUGCAGGUGAGGCACAGCCCAGGCCCCCCUUCCCAGCUCUGCACAGGGCUUGGAUCUGGGGGGCUGGAGAGCCUCCCUGCUGCAAACCAUAAACGCUGCCUUAAACCAUGGUCCUGCUCUGUGACAUAGAGGACAAUCAGCUUCUUACACAGAAACCUUAUUUAAAUAUUUCAUGUCAAGAGACAUGAACUGGGGGGGUGGGGGGCAUGUUUGUUUGGUUUUGUAUUUUACUUGUAAAAGGGAGCACUCAAUAAACUGGAUCUCAUUAC